UGCUAAUAUAGCGUUCAAAUAGAGGCAAAAAGGGAAAAAAGAAAAAAAAAAAAGUGCCAGAAGGGAGAGAGAGCCAUGGUUUCAACGAGGCGGAGUGGAUCUCUCUCCGGGAACAACAAUAGCAAAAGAUCAUCUUCCUCGGAAGAUAAAUCUCCCUCACCCAAGCGUCAAAAGGUCGAUAAUGGCGGUGCCUUGGAGAAACCCACUACAGCGGCGGCUGAAAAUUCCAAGGAAUCUUGUGCGCCUGCGACAUCGGAAAAUGCUCCGAUCACCGGAGACGUCGUGAGCCCUGGGAAGGGCGAGGCAGCCCCGGUGGUGUCGCCGAUCGCCGAGGGGGCUUCGCCGGCUGUGAUUGUGGAUAAGCCGAGGAGUUCGUUCUCUUCAUGGAGCGUUUACCAGAAACGUAACAACCCGGCGACGACCUUCGAGACCCCGGUGCCGUGGUGCAGGCUUCUAUCACAGUCUGCACAGAAUCCAACUGUUCACAUUUGCACUGAAAACUUCGUGAUUGGUUCAAAUAAAAGCUGCAAUUUUACUUUGAAGGAUCAGAGUAUUAGCGGGCAUCUGUGCGGAAUCAAGCACACGCAGCGUGAUGGCAAUGACCUAGCUGUGCUAGAUAUUCUUGGGAGCAAGGGAACGGUGCAAGUAAAUGGGACAAAUGUGAAGAGGAGUGGAGGCAGCUGCGAGCUGAACUCAGGCGAUGAGUUGGUGUUUGGUGCAAACCAUGCUUAUGUGUUUCAGAAUCUGAUGAAUGAGGUUGCAGUCAAAGGUGCGGAGGUUCAAAGUGGUCUUGGAAAGCUUCUGCACCUUGAGAGGAGAGCAGGGGAUGCGUCAGCUGUGGCUGGAGCUUCCAUACUGGCCUCUCUUUCUAGCAUGAGACAAGGUCUAUCACGUUGGAAGUCUCCAACUCAGACCACCAGUAAAAUCCACCCGGGCCCUGAGGUGCCUACUCAUUCUAUUGUUCAUGAUGGCACGGAAGCUGAACUUGAUCUGGAAUGCAACUCGGCCCCAAACACUGAGAUUGAUAAAGCUGCAGAAGUUGGAACAAUCAACAAGAACUCUCUUCAUGAUUGCAACCCGGACUUCAGCAUGGAGGCAGGCAAUGUAAAACUCUAUGGGGUUUUGGAGGAACGAAACGAGUGGAUGAGGGAUUCACAGCCAGCAUCAACAUCGGGUAUGUCUUGGAGGUGUGCGGUGUUUCGAGAAGACGUUCGUGCGGGCAUUGUCGAUGGCAGACACAUAGAUGUUUCAUUUGACAAAUUUCCUUACUAUUUAAGUGAGAACACAAAAAAUGUGCUGAUUGCAGCUUCGUUUAUACACUUGAAGCAUAAAGAACAUGCAAAGUACACCACAGAGCUUACUACUGUGAACCCACGAAUAUUGCUUUCUGGUCCUGCAGGGUCAGAGAUAUAUCAGGAGAUGUUGGCAAAGGCACUUGCUAACUACUUUGGGGCUAAAUUGCUCAUAUUUGAUAGCCAUUCUUUUUUGGGUGGUUUAUCAUCAAAGGAAGCAGAGCUGCUGAAGGAUGGAUAUAAUGCAGAAAAGUCCUGCAACUGCUCCAAACAAAGUCCUUUAACGAUGGACUUGGCUAGGAACAUCGGCCCGUCAGCAGUUGAAGUGGAUCCACCCAGCUCUUUGAAUGCACCUUCUUCAUAUGGCUUGGAAUCUCAACCUAAGAUGGAGUCUGAAACCGCCCCCUCUUCCUCUGCGACAUCUAAGAAUUUAUUGUUUAAAAUUGGUGAUAGAGUAAAAUUUAGUGCUUCAACUUCGGGUGGCUUAUAUACAGCAGCAUCUCCUUCACGUUCAUUGUGCAGGGGUCCACCUAGUGGAAGCCGUGGGAAGGUGGCAUUGGUUUUUGAGGAGAAUCCUUUGUCAAAAGUAGGUGUGAGGUUUGAUAGAGCCAUACAAGAUGGGGUUGAUCUUGGAGGUCACUGUGAGUUAGGGCAUGGAUUCUUUUGCAAUGUUACGGAUCUUCGUUUGGAUAACACGGGUGUAGAAGAGUUGGACAAGUUACUUAUUAACACUUUGUUCGAGGUUGUGACUAGUGAGAGCAGAAGCUCACCUUUCAUUCUGUUUAUGAAAGAUGCCGAGAAGUCUAUCGUGGGAAAUGGAGACUCGUUAUCAACAUUUAAAAGCAAAGUUGAAAAGCUUCCUGAUAAUGUUGUUGUAAUAAGUUCGCACACUCAUACUGAUAAUCGCAAAGAGAAGUCACAUCCUGGUGGUCUGCUUUUCACGAAAUUUGGCAGCAAUCAAACUGCACUUCUUGACUUGGCUUUCCCAGAUAGUUUUGGAAGGCUGCAUGACAGGGGUAAGGAAGUCCCGAAGUCGACAAAAGUUCUGACGAAGCUUUUUCCCAAUAAAGUAGCCAUUCACAUGCCACAGGAUGAGGCACUUCUUGCGUCAUGGAAGCACCAAUUGGAUCAAGAUGCCGAAACCCUCAAAAUGAAAGGAAAUCUGAAUCACCUCCGCUCUGUUCUUGGUCGGAGUGGGAUGGAAUGUGACGGACUUGAGACAUUAUGCAUUAAGGACCAAAUGCUUACAAAUGAAAGUGCAGAGAAGGUAGUUGGAUGGGCUUUAAGCCAUCAUCUAAUGCUGAAUCCUGAAGCCGAUCCUGAUGCUAGGCUUGUACUGUCUAGUGAGAGCCUCCAGUAUGGGAUUAGAAUCUUGCAAGCUAUCCAGAAUGAAUCGAAGAGCUUGAAGAAGUCGCUCAAGGAUGUUGUAACAGAAAAUGAAUUUGAGAAAAGGCUUCUAGCCGAUGUUAUUCCACCCAGUGAUAUUGGAGUGACUUUUGAUGAUAUUGGGGCUCUGGAAAACGUGAAGGAUACAUUGAAGGAGUUGGUGAUGCUUCCUUUGCAGAGGCCUGAACUUUUUUGCAAGGGCCAAUUAACCAAGCCUUGCAAGGGCAUAUUACUAUUUGGUCCCCCUGGAACAGGUAAGACAAUGCUUGCAAAGGCUGUGGCUACUGAAGCUGGUGCAAAUUUCAUCAAUAUUUCCAUGUCAAGCAUCACAUCCAAGUGGUUUGGUGAGGGUGAGAAGUAUGUGAAAGCUGUUUUCUCACUUGCCAGUAAAAUUGCACCUAGUGUUAUAUUUGUUGAUGAAGUUGACAGCAUGUUGGGCCGGAGGGAAAAUCCAGGGGAGCAUGAAGCCAUGCGAAAGAUGAAAAAUGAAUUUAUGGUGAAUUGGGAUGGCUUACGGACAAAAGACACAGAGCGGGUUCUGGUGCUUGCUGCUACAAAUAGGCCUUUUGACCUUGAUGAGGCAGUCAUUCGAAGGCUUCCCCGUAGAUUGAUGGUAAAUUUGCCUGACUCUCCAAAUAGAGCGAAGAUACUAAAAGUUAUACUGGCUAAAGAGGACUUGGCUCCUGAUGUUGAUUUUGAUGCAAUUGCAAAUAUGACUGAUGGAUAUUCUGGAAGUGACCUGAAGAACCUAUGUGUAACUGCUGCUCACCGUCCAAUUAAAGAGAUAUUGGAAAAGGAAAAAAAGGAGCAUGCUGCUGCUCUCGCAGAAGGUAGACCUGCACCAGCUUUGAGCAGUAGUGCAGAUAUACGGCCUUUGAAUGUAAAUGACUUCAAAUAUGCUCAUGAACGGGUAUGUGCAAGUGUUUCAUCCGAGUCCGUGAACAUGACCGAGCUUUUACAAUGGAAUGAACUUUAUGGCGAAGGGGGUUCUAGAAGAAGAAGGGCUCUCAGCUACUUCAUGUGAGGGCUGUUCCCGUCCAAAUGGUUAUAUUUUUCCCCUUAGAACCCUUCAGUCUUGUGAUUGAGGACGGUGCUAUGGUGAAUUUUGCUUAUAUUUUAGGGCUUGAUAAAGGAGAGCCAUUUUGUCUGUAAAAUGAAGUAUAGGUUAAGUUGUUUUUUCCCCUUGAGUUUGAUUUGUGAUGGUGGGAAUAAAGUGAGUGAAGCCUUCCAAAUUCUUGGCUUGGCUCCACUGCUUUUGUUUUGUUCCCCAUCCCCUUUCUGUCAACAUAAAGAACUGUCUUUUAAAUCCAAUAAGCAUCAGAAAGAAAGAGAACCCUGUGCAAAUAUUUGUAGUCAUUUUUUACGGGUUUGUUGGAAUUGAGCAAUAAUUGGUGACAGACACCAUGACACUAUGACUUUAUGAACACACCCAUAUAUAUUGCAUCAGA